GGUGGCAAGAUGCCCGCGGCUGAGGAGGAUGGUGGUGUUGGGGCUGAAGCCGACCGGGAAUUGGAAGAGCUUCUGGAAAGUGCUCUUGAUGAUUUCGAUAAGGCCAAACCCUCUCCAGCACCCCCUCCUACCACCACGGCCCCUGAUGCUUCAGGGUCCCAGAAGAGAUCGCCGGGAGACACUGCCAAAGAUGCCCUCUUCGCCUCCCAAGAGAAGUUUUUCCAGGAACUGUUUGACAGCGAGCUGGCUUCCCAAGCCACUGCAGAGUUUGAGAAAGCAAUGAAGGAGUUGGCUGAGGAAGAACCCCACCUGGUAGAGCAGUUCCAAAAGCUCUCAGAGGCUGCUGGGAGAGUAGGCAGUGAUGCGACUUCCCAACAAGAAUUCACUUCUUGCCUAAAGGAGACAUUAAGUGGACUAGCCAAGAAUGCCACUGACCUUCAGAACUCUGGCAUGUCAGAAGAGGAGCUGACCAAGGCCAUGGAAGGGCUGGGCAUGGACGAAGGAGACGAGGAAGGGACCAUCCUCCCCAUCAUGCAGAGUAUCAUGCAGAACCUCCUGUCCAAGGAUGUGCUGUACCCGUCACUGAAGGAGAUCACAGAAAAGUAUCCAGAAUGGUUGCAGACUCACCGAGAAUCUCUACCUCCAGAGCAGUUUGAAAAAUAUCAGGAACAACACAGUGUCAUGGGCAAAAUAUGUGAGCAGUUUGAGGCAGAAACCCCCACAGAUAGUGAGGCCACUCAAAAGGCUCGUUUUGAGGUGGUGCUGGACCUCAUGCAGCAGCUACAGGAUUUGGGCCAUCCUCCAAAAGAGCUUGCUGGGGAGAUGCCUCCUGGCCUCAACUUUGACCUGGAUGCCCUCAAUCUCUCGGGCCCACCAGGUGCCAAUGGCGAACAGUGUCUGAUCAUGUGAAACACAACAUGCUUUCUUCCCUGAUUUCCAGCCGUGGGGGAACGUCUGGAGUCAGCAGAACCACUGGGAGCUGAGGCAGGAGUGUCGCCUACAGGAGUGGUCUGCCCACUGCCAUCUGCCAUCCCACCCAAGAUUGUGCCAUAUCAGCUGAGGCUUUCUCUCUGUACUUCUAGGAGUAAGGCCUGUUCUGCAGAUCAUUUCUGUGAACCCCUUCCAUUGUGGUUUCUGCUGCUAGCAAAGGCCCAGCUACCUACCAGGUGAAGGAAGGUGUCCCUUUGGGGGCAUGCACCUUCUUUCCUCUCCCAAAAUAAUGUUAUACAGGGCCACACUGAGUUCACUUUUGUACCCAGGGUCUUCGUGCCUUGUC